AUGACUUCCACCCGCGCUAACUUGUCUCCCCUAACAGAAGAUGAAAUUGACCGCUUUCUGAGAAUACGGCGCGAGAUAUGUGACAAGCUUAUAAGCUGGAACGUGAAUCUCAUAAGCGAUCCAAGAAUCAGCGGAACACUUUCUGACAAUCUCAGACAACUGAUGGAGCAGGACUUUACUGAGCUCACAACGCUACACAAUAGAAUUCGGGAGAGUUGGAUCAUGUCAGAUGCAGAUCGCAACGGCUGGAACACUUGCUGGCAGACAAAGGCCGAUAGGAUCCGUGAGUAUAUGCAAACAUUGACCCGAGAUCUUGCUAACCCACCUGCAUAUUAUCAUCAAGCUGAGCUUGCUGAGAUGUUGAGUAUACUGGCAGUCUGCAUUGGCCACCUGCACUAUCGCAAGCAAGUUGACGAGCAUGUCCGACAGAUGCGAGAUGCGGCACAAGAGAUGAACCAUCGCCGUGCCACACAGGGUUACUUUGGACCUCAUCUUGGAAUUGUCUGGGAUGAGCUUUUUGAAUUGAUGAAUUGUGGGUGUGACUUUUGCUGGACAGGUUACUGA